AUGUAUGUAUUCAUCAACCCGGCAGCUCCUUGGCUGGGGGAGCACAUCAAGUCAUUCGUCAAACAGCACGUGUCAGACGCCGUCUUCAUCGACGACCUUGACGAAUUGCCGUUGAAUGCACCAACUGUUUUUCAGUUUUGUGAUGGAUGGGCUCUUAACCGCAACUUCGCCGCUCUGAAUGCAGCGGAGACGGCGCUCAUCAACGCCUAUCCCAACAGUGACGCCUUGGCCAGAAAAGACUACCUCGCCAGGGUUGUUGAAUACUGGGCGGCCAAGAGACCUGAAAGCAUCCUCAGGAAGACCGUGCCUCUCACAGUCCGGCUGUCUCUUGAUUAUGCCGAGUAUGUCGACGAUUCUCUGACUGCUGCGGAUGACCUCACGCUCUUGUAUUCGCUUGAGGAGAAUGAUGACAAGCCCGCCUCGGAGCGUGAGUGGUGGAUUCUCAAGCCAGCAUUGGUUGACUGCGGCGCUGGCAUCCGUCUCUUCAGCACCAUGGAUGAGCUUGCGAGCCAUCUUGAGCUUGCCGAGUACGAGGACGACGAUGACGAUGAAAGCGAUGAAAGCGAGCAGACCGUACAGGAAGUGGCCGAGAAGCCAGCCGGCGAUGCGGACUGCAAUUCCAACAACUUCUCGCCUACCCUGUCAACACCUGGCUUGGACUCUUUGGAUGCGCUCAUUACUGCAACUGGAGAAAUGUCUGUCAAGGAAAGUAAACAAGGUGUUCAAAGAGCACCGAAGCCACAGUACGUCUUCAAGGAAGGCGGAAGAAUUCCAUCAGCUCAGAUGCGCGAGUUUGUAGCGCAGAGAUACAUCGUUCACAUCCCGCCCAUGGAGAAGAGGAAGUGGCACGCCCGAGCUUACGUUCUUGCUAUGGGUCGCCUCAAGGUAUACGUCUUCAAGGAGAUGCUUGCGCUACUAGCUGGCGAGGACUACGAGCCUCCUUGGUUGAACCCGAGCUUGAAGUCUUCCUUGACCAACACGGCGCUGCAAGACGAAGAUGUCUUCAUCAACAAGCAGUCGAUGAGGGACUACUGGGCAGCCCCUGAUGACUUGCUCCCGGGCGACUGGAAGGCGAACGUGUUCGAGCAGAUCUGCGACAUCUCUUCCGAGUUGUUCCGCGCCGCUGCUCACACCAUGGCAGACAAGUUCACUACGGUGGACAAAUGCUUCGAAUUGUUUGCCGUAGACUUCCUCAUCGACACGAGCGGCACUGCCUGGCUUUUAGAGGUUAACGAAACGCCGGCAUUUUACGAUGUUGGUAUGGCCGGUCCUCUGGCGCUGCGGCUCAUGGAAUCCGUCAUCUGCAUUUCUAUGGAGCACAUGGGCAUGGCCAAACUGGACGAUGAGCACAAUGCGCUGGUGAAAAAGCGAAUGAUCCAAGUCUUGGAUGAGACAAACCAUCUAGCAAAGAGUAACAUCACUGAGAUUCUCCCGGAAAUUUAG